AUGUACCUGAAGUUCCCGGGUGAGCUCCUCACUCGGAUGCUCCAGGAAGCCGUGCUACCGCUGAUGACAUCGAGCGUCAUCGCCACCAUGGGCUCCAUGGACCUUCCGCUGGCCGUCCGCGUCGGACGCCGGGCGCUCGUUUACGGCCUGCUCACCAAGCUGAUGGCCCAAGGAGUCUCAGUGCUCGUGGCGCUGUUCAUGCAGCCGGGACACUCGGUCGAGCUUGCCGCCACGGGAGACCAAAAGGAGCUUCUAGACCCGACUCGAAACGGGACAGUCGAUAUGCUCUACGACCUCAUGAGGUGA